UUGCAGCGCUAUAUUUGACCUUUGAACCGCUCACAGAACAGACUGGCUUCACAUCCUGGACUGUGACGCAACCCCCGGGUUAAAUCCUCACAUCUGAUUCUUCCGGCCGCAGCGGUGUUUGCCCUUUAAACACGAGGAACCGGAAGUGAGAAGGCUCCUACGUCGCAACGAGGGAACAUAGAUCUCUUUGUAAAUCCGCCGCUCGUUCAGAUUCGUUUGGACUCCCGUUCGUUAAGCAGCAUCAUGUCGGACGAGGGGAAACUGUUCGUCGGGGGUUUGAGCUUCGACACCGACAAUGAAAUGUUGAGAGGGGCCUUCGAGAAAUAUGGCGCCAUCGAAAACUGUGUUGUCAUCAUGGACCGAGAAACGAGCAGAUCUCGCGGCUUCGGCUUCGUGACAUACGUGAACCCCGAGGACGCGAAAGACGCGAAGGACGCCAUGGACGGGAAGGACCUGGACAACCGCCAGAUCCGCGUGAACGAGGCGGGGAAAGGAGGUCGCGGCGGCCGGGGAGGCGGCGGCCGAGGCGGCGGCGGCUACGGUGGUGGCGGCGGCUACGGAGGCGGCGGUGGAGGCUAUGGAGGAGGCGGCGGCGGCUACGGAGGCGGCGGUAGCGGUGGCUACGGCGGCGGCCGAGAAGGGGGCUAUGGCGGCGGCCGAGGGGGCUACGGCGGCGGCGGCAACCAGAGCUACGGCGGCGGAUGGAGCUCCGGCGGCGGCGGUGGCGGCGGCCGAAACUUCGACCGAGGCGGUUCAUAUGCAAGGCAAUAUGACGAAAACUAGUACCAUACGCAGCGGUUACCGGGGAAGCUACGACGGCAACGAGGAAACACCAUCCCGGUGCAACUUGGCCCGGCUGCGUCUCUCAAACACGCGCACUCCUCAAACAAAGAUGUCCGCGUGAUUGCUGAGCUUCGUUUUUUUUGUAAUUCUGUUUUUGUAGCUCGAAUAUCUUUGAGAAAAAAAUGUACCAAUGAGUUUUUUUUGUUCAUUCCUCAAAUAAACCAUGUUACCAAUUCCA